ACACUGGCUGCGACGUCGGCAGCGAUGCCGACGUCUAUUUACAACGCAUCGUUUUGUUUAUUGUUCAGUCAGAUCAGAGUAAUGUGCUUAUAUAUGAGGCUGCAGCUGGUUUAACUGGAAACAUUUGUGGUCCGUCGACUGCUCGAGAUCAUUGCACACGGCUGACACAAUUCAUUACAAAGCAACCGAAGGGAAACCAGUGAAGAGGAACCAGUGCCGACAUGCUGCUGCCGCCGUACCAAGAAGCAUGCAAUCCCGGUUUCUGCGAUUGCCCGUUUCCCAACUCCAUUGAGGUCACCAACCACAAGGGCCACAUACCCGACCUGGUCGGGUGCCAAUGCGGCGAGGAUGAGCCCGGAAACGUGAAUGCCUGGCGGUGGCACGCCACUGAUGAAUCGGAUGCCGUGGUCACCGACCGGGACAUCAUCUUCCAUCCCACCUACAGUCAGGGCACGGCGAUUGUGAGAGGGGAACAGGCCCUUAAAACAAACAUGGUGCACUUUUGGGAGAUGCGCGUCAUCACGACUCUGGCCGGCACGGAUGUGAUGUUCGGCAUCGGCACGGAAAGCGUUAAUCUAGGCCAGUUCAAGUUCCACUUUGUCUCGGCCCUGGGCACCAAUGCCCAGUCCUGGGGCUUCUCAUAUUCCGGAAGGAUUCAGCACUGUGGCGAGCUACUGCCCUACGGCCAGAAGUUCUCACAGGGCUGUUUGAUUGGUGUCUGUUUGGAUCGAACGCGUGGGCACCUGGAGUUCUAUUUGAACCGCAGAUCGCUGGGAGUGGCCUACACCAAUAUCCCUACGGAUCCGGAUGUCAAAAUAUAUCCGAUGGUCUGCUCCACAGCCGCAAAGUCCGUGAUCAGGCUGAUCAACUGCACUUCGCAACCAGUGACACUGCAGCUACGAUCUUUCCAAGCAUUGUCCAGGCAGCCGCUCAAGUUGGCCGAACUGCGUCAAAUGCCGGGUCUCAAAGGCAUCCUGCAAUCCUACUGGUUCCUGGCGCCACCAAUUCGUUACUCCCGGAACUCCCGCGAAAACGAAUUGGAUCUGGGCGACGAAGCAGUGCUCUCAAGCUCCAAGCAACGCUUGAGGCGCAAACAUAAAUACCGAGAAACCGACGAUGCGGCUGUUGAUGAAGACGACUUGUACGCCAAUGCACACAAAAUCACGUUGCGGAGCAGUGAUAGCGGCGACGAGGAGCACACCGCCAGUGUCCACGAGAUGUGCGACGAGUACUUCCACUACCUGCUUUAGUCUUACCAACCAUAUCAAUAUGUUUAAGUAUGCAUUUAAUUGAAGAAGCGUAGUUAUAGAUGUAUUAAGUAGCAAUGCUGAAGCCACUUUUAAUUACUUUUAGACUUCCUAAAAUACAACCUAUUAAUUAAACGAAAA